AUGGCUUCAGUUGAAGAUCUGGUGGGUUUGUACAUGGGAUUUCUCGUGGCCCUGCCAGUGGCCCUGUUAGGUGUAGCGGCAAAUCUCAUCAACGCAGCUGUCUUUCUCCAUCAGGGCGUCAAGGACUGCGUGUCUGUCUGCUUGCUGGCGCUAACAAUCUCUGAUCUCUGCAGUGUUCUCAGCGGAGGUAUCAUCUACACCUACAACCUGCUUAUCCACUUUAACGUCUACUCAGUCAUUCACCCCUACUCCUUUGCCUAUGUCGUGAGCUACAUCUGCACUAUGUUUUACGACAUAUCACAAGCCGUGAUGGCUUUCGUUGCUCUGGAACGUUGUUUAUGCGUUGCUAUGCCGCUCAAGUUUAAAGAACUCUUCACUUUCAGAAGGGCCGUGGUUAUCGUCUCAGCCCUGUACAUUUUCACGGUGGCGGCGUACGUUCCUCACUACAUCAGUUCAGGGCUCGUAGGUCGCUGGGACCCCACAACCAACACCACCCGCCUGUUCCUCUGGGUCGCUGACUACAGACCGAGCGUUGAACUGUAUAUCCGGUUUUUUCUUCAGACAAGUAUGGCCUCUCUAUAUCAGGUCAUUGUCUUAGUGUCCACCUACGUCAUGGUGUGGAGUCUGGAAAGAUCAGCAAGAUUCCGGGGCCGUAUGGACGUUAUCCCACCCGGGACCGUCACAAAGGGAGCACAAGAAGGAUCAACUCAUUCCACGGGAACAGUCGAGGGGGAGAAGUCCGAACCGAACCAAGGAGUGGGUGGGAAGCAAGGCCAUAGUCAACACAUGUCAGAUAAGAACAUGAGAGUUGUGAAGACGGUCACCGCUCUGGCAGUUAUGUCUCUCCUCUGCAACUCUGUGCGACUUGUGGUUGUCUUCUUGACCAAAAUCGUGUCUGGCAUGACGUUCGCAGGGAGCUAUCGCAACGUGGUGGUUCUCCUGACCGUCGGGACGUUUGUUUGUCAGACAAUUAACUCCUCGGCCAACAUUCUUGUUUACUACAACAUGAAUACCAGUUUCAGGAAUACUUUGAAAACUAUGGUCACCGUUACAAUGUGCAGCCCGUAG